AUGGGGAUUGCAGUCAACAGUUAUGGGCGUUGGAAUUGUGGGUUGUUGUCGAAUUCCUGUUCCCAUGGCAUGGAUUCUCAGUUGGGUAUGAGACAUACUAGGAUGACGGUAGUCAUGAGUUUAUCAGAAGCUGUAGAUGGUAAAUCAAGAUGGAGAGUGCUGGAACAAGUGGAUAAGGAGUUGAGCUCUGGAAAUGAGAGGGCUGCUUUGUCCCUUAUCAAGGAUUUGCAGGGUAAACCUGGUGGCCUCAAGUGUUUUGGCACUGCCCGGCAGAUACCUCAGCGACUGUAUUCCUUGGAUGAACUAAAGCUAAAUGGGAUAGAAACCACAUCCCUUCUGUCACCAGUGGAUACCACUCUGGGUGCUGUGGAAAGAAGUCUUCAAGUGGCUGCUCUUUUAGGAGGAAUAGCUGCGUGGAAUGUGUUUGAGUGGAGCCCACAGCAGUUGCUCAUCUUUUCUGUGGGAUUCCUGUUCUUUUGGACGCUAGAUGCUGUAUCAUUAGGCGGUGGAGUCAGUGGCUUGCUUCUUGAUACUAUUGGUCACACCUUCAGCCAAAAGUAUCAUAACAGGGUGAUCCAACAUGAAGCUGGUCAUUUCUUGACUGCAUACUUGCUGGGACUUCUCCCCAAGGGGUACACACUGACUAGCUUGGACGCUUUCAAAAAGGAAGGAUCGCUUAAUGUUCAAGCAGGAACUGCUUUUGUUGAUUUCGAAUUUGACGAGGAAGUAAAGAGCGGGAAGCUAUCAUCCAAGAUGCUGAACAGAUUUUCAUGUAUCGCGCUUGCUGGUGUAGUGACAGAAUAUCUUCUCUUUGGUUAUGCCGAGGGAGGCCUCGCAGAUAUUAGCAAGUUGGACAUGUUAUUGAAAAGUUUGGGUUUUACACAAAAGAAAGCUGAUUCUCAAGUCAGAUGGGCUGUACUUAAUACUGUCCUGAUGUUGCGUCGCCAUGAAGAUGCACGAGCUAAGCUCGCAGUAGCUAUGUCUGAAGGGAGAUCAGUCGGAGCUUGCAUUGACAUUAUAGAGGACACUAUUGAUAGUGAUGACAUUUAG